AUGCGUUGGCGGCUGCCGGGCGCCCGUUCGACCCUCCCCGCCAGCGUCGCCCUCCUCCUACUCCCAACUCUGGUCGCUCCGCAGCAGCAACCAGAGCUCCAUGACUCGGCUUCAGCCUCUCGAGUCUCCGUGCCCUUAGCGGACGGGACAGACACAACACACCAUGCGGCCACUAUCGCCGCCCCUCCCAUCGUCAAAUCCAACGAUGCGAGCGCCCUGGCAACUCUGGCUCUGGCGGGCUCUGGCCGCGCCGUUCGAGCCCCUCCUAGCCAGGCCAGCACAUCUGCCGGCCUGGUUUCGCAGCUUAACGCGCGGUCCUUGCAGGACUGGGAGGUCGAGGACUUUGUCUUGAUGGCGACCGUCGACGGAACCAUUCACGCCCGAGACCGGAAGACCGGUUCUCCCCGCUGGGCCCUGGAGGUUCCCAGCAGCCCCUUGGUAGAAAGUAUUUACCACCGGGCUAAUCGAUCCAGCUCCAGCUUCGACGAGACACACCCCGAGGAGGAUUUCCUGUGGAUCGUUGAGCCAAGCCAGGAUGGUAGCUUAUACAUCUACAGCCCCGGAGAAAAUGCCGGGUUACAGAAACUCGGCCUUACAGUUAAGCAACUAGUCGAUGAAACGCCUUACUCCGGCUACGAACCUGCAGUGACGUAUACCGCCCGCAAAGAAACCACCCUUUACACGAUCGAUGCUCGGACCGGUAGCAUUCUCCGAGUGUUCAGCUCGCGGGGACCCUUCGCUACCAGACAUGAGUGCCAGAAAGUCGAUGGUCAGGAUUUGGACUUGGACGACGAGGAGUGCGAGACAACCUCGGGAACUCUGGUACUGGGUCGUGUCGAAUAUGCGGUGGCCAUUCAGAACACUGAAACCGGUGACCCGAUUUGCACAUUGAAGUACUCUGAAUGGGCACCGAAUAACCGCGAUAUCGACCUCCAGGGCCAGUACUUCCAAACCAUGGACCAAAGCCAUAUUUACAGCAUGUACGAUGGUGUUGUCUUGGGAUUUGACCACUCUCGCAUGGAUCGGCCUCGUUAUACCCAGCGAUUCUCCUCCCCUGUGGCUCGCGUCUUUGACGUUGUCCGCCAGCGGCCUGCCAAUAAAGAAACCCAGGAUGCAUCGACGCCCUUGGUUCUGCUUUCGCAGCCACUUCAGCCUCCAGACCCAGACUACGCUUCUGACGAUCGGGAUCAGCGGGUCUUCAUCGACUCCACCUCGACUGGGGGGUGGUUUGCCUUGUCUGAAGAGACAUACCCUCUCGUGACGGGUCGUGCCCCGAUGGCGCAGUGCUAUAAUAAAGAUUUCUUUCGCAGAGGGCAGCCCCUGAUGAGCCUUACCCAAUCUCAACAGCGCGACGCACUCGCUGGUGUUCACUCGCUUAGCGGUCCGACAGUUGUCCCACCUGUUCCCCGGAUCGCCAGCACCCCCGAAGCUUCCAACGAUACCCCACGGGAUGUUCUGCGAUCCGAAUUGGCCCUCCCUCCUGCCCUGCGACACAGUACAAUUAUUCGCAAGAGUUGGGACAAUGCGUUGGACAUUGUUGUGACAAUGAUCCUGCUGUUCAUCGGCACCUUCAUCUACUUGAAUUCCCACCAUAUUCGUGACCUUGCCAAACAGAAGCUCGAUUUGAAGAAUAUCAUCAACUCCAAUGACAAGUCGUUUUCCACUCCUGCCACACCAAUUGUUGGUGCGACGCCUGACAUCAAGCGAACAUCGACUCCCCUUCGAGAUGCCACCGCAGGAUUAGUGCCUGAAGUCACAAUCGACCAUGUUGAUGUGGAUAUGAGGAACAACUUCUCUGACAAUGAUGCCACCCCACGACCAUCCCGGGAUCAGAGCACACCGCCGGAAUCUGGUCCUCGUGUGCAAAUUCGCGAACCAUCCCGUGGUCCCGAUGAAGGGGAUGACAAGCAAGAAAAUGACAAGCCCAAGAAGAAGCGUUCGCGAGGCUCACGAGGUGGCAAGGCACAUCGUCGCAAGGGUGCGAAACCUGGAAGUGAAAACGGAAUGAGUGAGCAGAACAACCAAUUGACGCCCAACGCGUCGAUUCAUUCAGACCACGGCGUUCCCCUUGCUCGCACCGUGUCAAGCGAUGUUGUCGACAUGACUGCUGACGGCGUAGUCCGCAUUGGACGACUGGAAGUUUUCACCGAUGUCGUGCUGGGCCAUGGUAGCCAUGGCACCGUUGUCUACCGGGGUGUCUUCGAUGGUCGAAAUGUCGCAAUCAAGAGAAUGCUCAUGGAAUUCUACGACAUUGCCUCUCACGAAGUUGGAUUGCUACAGGAGAGUGAUGAUCACCAUAAUGUCAUUCGCUAUUUCUGUCGUGAGCAAGCCGCAGGUUUUCUGUACAUUGGCUUGGAACUAUGCCCCGCUUCUCUCCAGGAUAUCAUUGAACGCCCUUCUCAAUUCCCCGAGUUGAUCCAAAGCGGUCUCGAUAUGCCGGAUAUUCUCCGCCAAAUCACACAGGGCGUGCGUUAUCUUCACUCCCUCAAGAUCGUGCACCGUGAUCUCAAGCCCCAGAAUAUCCUAGUGGCUAUGCCCCGUGGUCGAAAGGCGGCCUCGAAGACUGCUGCACGGGCUCUCCGCCUUCUCAUCUCCGACUUCGGUCUAUGCAAGAAGUUAGAAGACAACCAAAGUUCCUUCCGAGCGACCACUGCCCACGCCGCUGGUACCUCCGGCUGGCGUGCCCCGGAGCUCCUUGUGGACGAUGACGCCGGCCCUCUGGUCCAAAACAUUGAGUCGCAGCAUACCGAAACGUCCGAGCCAGCUGUGGUUGACCCGCAGACCAACCGCCGCGCCACCCGGGCUAUCGAUAUCUUCUCCCUGGGCUGUGUGUUCUACUACGUCCUUACUCGUGGUGGCCAUCCGUUCGACAAGAACGGCAAGUUCAUGCGCGAGGCAAAUAUCGUCAAGGAUCGUCUUGGCGACUAUGCCUUUGAAGCCAAGGAUCUUAUCAGUUCUAUGUUGUCACUUGAUCCACGUCACCGCCCGGACGCAAGCGGCGUUCUUACACAUCCAUUCUUCUGGCCACCAUCUGACAGACUAAGCUUCCUUUGCGACGUCUCAGACCACUUCGAAUUCGAGCCCCGCGAGCCUCCAUCCGAAGCACUCCUCUGUCUCGAAUCCGUAGCCCAAGAGGUCAUCGGUCCGGAAAUGGAUUUCCUCAAAGUCCUACCCCGAGACUUCAAAGAUAACCUCGGCAAGCAGCGCAAGUACACGGGCUCUCGGAUGCUCGAUCUACUCCGCGCGCUGCGGAAUAAAAAGAAUCAUUACAAUGAUAUGCCGGAUCAAUUGAAGAUGCAUAUCGGUGGGUUGCCGGAGGGGUAUUUGAAUUUCUGGACCGUGAGGUUUCCCAGUUUGUUGAUGUGUUGUCAUUGGGUUGUUGUCGAUCUUGGGUUGACGGAUACCGAUCGUUUCCAUCGGUAUUUCUCGUCGCCGGAUGAGUAG